CGGAAGCUGUCGCCGCUGCCGCCGGAGGUCAGGGGUUCCAGCGCCAUCGGGCUGAAACAGAGCUGCAGUCAUGGCGGAUGUUACUGCUCGGAGCCUGCAGUACGAGUACAAAGCGAACUCCAACCUUGUAUUGCAAGCAGAUCGCUCACUGAUCGAUCGAACAAGGCGAGAUGAACCCACAGGAGAAGUGCUGUCACUGGUUGGAAAACUGGAAGGAUCCCGAAUGGGAGACAAAGCUCAGAGAACAAAACCACAGUUGCAGGAGGAGAGACGAGCAAAGAGGAGAAAGCGUGACGAAGACCGACAUGACAUGAAUAAAAUGAAAGGAUAUACAUUGUUGUCAGAAGGUAUUGACGAAAUGGUUGGAAUUGUGUACAAACCUAAAACGAAGGAGACCAGAGAGACCUAUGAGGUGCUGCUCAGCUUCAUUCAGGCUGCACUUGGUGAUCAGCCACGUGAUAUUCUCUGUGGAGCAGCAGAUGAGGUCCUUGCCGUGCUGAAAAAUGAUAAACUGCGUGACAAAGAGCGACGGAAGGAGAUAGAAAUGCUCCUGGGACAGUUGGAGGAUACUCGUUACCACGUGCUGGUAAAUCUGGGGAAGAAAAUCAGUGACUACGGAGGAGACAAAGAGGUGCAGAAUAUGGAUGACAACAUUGACGAGACGUAUGGAGUGAAUGUACAAUUUGAGUCUGACGAAGAGGAAGGAGAUGAGGAUGCAUUUGGUGAAGUCCGUGAAGAAGCAUCAGAUGAGGACACAGAAGGCGAGGAAGCAGACAUCAGCUGCACACUUUCUGCUAAUCUUGGUGCUGCUGGAGAUGUGCUGAGUGCAAAGAAGAAAGACCUGCAUCCUAGGGACAUAGAUGCCUUCUGGCUCCAGAGGCAGCUCAGCCGCUUCUAUGAUGAUGCUAUCAUGUCACAGAAGAAAGCUGAUGAAGUGCUGGAUAUUCUAAAGACAGCUGGUGAUGACCGUGAAUGUGAAAAUCAGCUUGUUUUGCUCCUUGGCUUCAACACUUUUGAUUUCAUCAAGAUCCUAAGGCAGCAUCGCAUGAUGAUUUUGUACUGCACCCUGUUGGCCAGUGCUCAGAGUGAGGCAGAAAAAGAGAGGAUUCAGAAUAAGAUGGAGGCAGAUGCAGAGCUUUCCAAAGUCCUCUAUAAACUUCAGGAAACUGAAAAAGAGGAUAUAAUUCGGGAGGAAAGAUCCCGUAGAGAACGCGUUCGUCAGUCCCGUGUGGAUACAGACCUAGAAGCGAUGGAUAUUGAUCGGGAAGGAGAGGUUCUAGCCCCCAGACAAGUUCUGGAUUUGGAGGAUCUGGCCUUUGCACAGGGGAGUCAUCUAAUGGCAAACAAGCGAUGCCAGCUACCAGAUGGCUCGUUCCGCAAGCAGCGCAAGGGCUAUGAGGAGGUGCAUGUGCCAGCCCUUAAACCCAAGCCUUUCAGUUCAGAAGAGCAACUGAUAUCUGUAGAGAAGAUGCCUAAAUACACACAAGCAGCAUUUGAAGGCUUUAAGACACUGAAUCGGAUCCAAAGUAAGCUUUGUAAAGCAGCCAUGGAAACCGAUGAAAAUCUGCUACUAUGUGCUCCCACUGGUGCUGGCAAGACAAACGUAGCUCUGAUGUGCAUGCUGCGUGAGAUUGGGAAACACAUUAACAUGGAUGGAACCAUCAACGUCGAUGACUUCAAGAUUAUUUACAUUGCACCCAUGAGGUCACUGGUUCAGGAGAUGGUGGGCAGUUUCAGUAAGCGAUUAGCUAGUUAUGGGAUCAGUGUCGCAGAACUGACAGGGGACCAUCAACUGUGCAAAGAGGAGAUCACAGCAACCCAGGUGAUCGUGUGCACCCCAGAGAAAUGGGACAUCAUCACUCGCAAGGGAGGAGAGCGCACCUACACGCAGAUAGUGCGACUCAUGAUAAUUGACGAGAUUCACCUCCUGCAUGAUGAUCGUGGUCCAGUACUAGAAGCAUUGGUUGCCAGGACAAUUAGGAACAUCGAGAUGACUCAGGAAGAUGUGCGAUUGGUUGGGUUGAGUGCCACAUUGCCCAACUAUGAGGAUGUUGCUACUCUUCUGCGAGUUGAUCCAGCCAAAGGUCUUUUCUACUUUGACAAUAGUUUCCGUCCCGUUCCACUGGAGCAGACGUAUGUUGGAAUCACAGAAAAGAAAGCCAUUAAACGUUUCCAGAUUAUGAAUGAGAUUGUGUAUGAGAAGGUGAUGGAGCAUGCUGGAAAGAAUCAGGUGUUGGUGUUUGUUCACUCCCGUAAGGAGACUGGAAAGACAGCACGUGCAAUUCGAGAUAUGUGCCUGGAGAAAGACACAUUGGGUUUGUUCCUGCGAGAGGGCUCAGCCUCCACUGAGGUGCUGCGCACGGAGGCAGAGCAAUGUAAGAAUCUGGAGUUGAAGGACCUGCUUCCAUACAGUUUUGCCAUUCACCAUGCUGGUAUGACCAGAGUGGAUCGAACGCUGGUGGAGGAUUUGUUUGCUGACAGACACAUUCAAGUGCUGGUUUCCACAGCAACUCUGGCUUGGGGUGUGAAUCUGCCUGCACACACAGUUAUUAUCAAAGGGACACAGGUGUACAGCCCGGAGAAGGGGCGUUGGACUGAGCUGGGUGCACUGGAUGUCCUUCAGAUGUUGGGCCGUGCAGGGCGACCGCAGUACGAUACGAAAGGUGAGGGUAUCCUGAUCACAUCACACGGCGAGCUGCAGUACUACCUGUCCCUUCUCAACCAGCAGCUGCCCAUUGAGAGCCAGAUGAUCACCAGACUUCCUGACAUGCUCAAUGCUGAGAUUGUCCUUGGAAAUGUCCAGACUGCCAAGGAUGCCAUUAACUGGUUGGGGUACACUUAUCUCUACAUCCGAAUGUUGCGAACCCCAACUCUUUACGGAAUAUCACACGAUGAGCUGAAGAGCGACCCCUUGCUGGAACAGCGCAGACUGGACCUCAUCCACACCGCUGCCAUCAUCCUCGACAAAAACAACCUUGUGAAGUACGAUAAAAAGGGUGGCAAUUUCCAGGUGACUGACCUAGGGCGGAUUGCGAGUCACUAUUACAUCACACAUGAAAGCAUGGCCACUUACAAUCAGCUUUUGAAACCCACCCUCAGUGAGAUCGAGCUCUUCAGAGUCUUUUCACUGUCCUCAGAGUUCAAGAACAUCAGCGUGAGAGAGGAGGAGAAACUUGAGCUGCAGAAGUUGUUGGAACGUGUUCCUAUCCCUGUCAAAGAGAGUAUUGAAGAGCCUAGUGCAAAGAUCAAUGUGCUGCUCCAAGCCUACAUCUCCCAGCUGAAGCUGGAAGGGUUUGCACUGAUGGCAGAUAUGGUCUACGUGACUCAGUCUGCAGGCCGUCUGAUGCGUUGUAUAUUUGAGAUCGUCUUAAAUCGGGGCUGGGCCCAGCUAACAGACAAGACUGUCAAUCUCUGCAAAAUGAUUGAUAAACGAAUGUGGCAGUCAAUGUCGCCUCUGCGACAGUUCAGGAAGCUGCCAGAGGAAGUCAUCAAGAAGAUAGAGAAGAAGAACUUUCCAUUUGAGCGACUGUACGACUUGAAUCAUAACGAAAUAGGAGAGUUGAUCCGAAUGCCAAAGAUGGGCAAGACAAUCCACAAGUACAUUCACCAGUUCCCAAAACUUGAACUCUCUGUUCACAUCCAGCCCAUCACACGCUCAACACUGAAAGUGGAACUGACCAUCACACCCGACUUCCAAUGGGAUGAGAAGAUACAUGGAUCUUCUGAGGCAUUCUGGAUCCUGGUUGAGGAUGUAGACAGUGAAGUUAUACUACAUCAUGAGUACUUCCUGUUGAAGGCAAAAUAUGCUCAAGAUGAGCAUUUGGUGAUGUUCUUUGUACCGGUCUUUGAACCUCUCCCUCCACAGUAUUUCAUCAGAGUGGUGUCAGACCGCUGGCUGUCUUGUGAGACUCAGCUCCCAGUUUCAUUCCGACACCUGAUUCUUCCAGAAAAAUAUCCUCCGCCAACAGAAUUGCUGGACUUGCAGCCACUGCCUGUGUCAGCUUUGCGUAACAGUGCCUUCGAACACCUCUACCAGGAUAAAUUCCCUUUCUUCAACCCAAUCCAGACACAAGUUUUCAACGCGGUUUAUAACAGUGACGACAAUGUGUUUGUGGGAGCUCCCACAGGCAGUGGGAAGACUAUCUGUGCGGAGUUCGCAAUCCUGCGAAUGCUCCUGCAGAACUCUGAAGGGCGCUGUGUGUACAUUACUCCGAUGGAGGCCCUGGCUGAGCAGGUUUAUGCAGACUGGUACGAGAAGUUUCAGCAGAAGCUGGGCAAGAAAGUUGUGUUGCUGACUGGUGAGACGAGCACAGAUCUCAAACUGCUCGGUAAAGGAAACAUCAUCAUCAGCACCCCGGAGAAAUGGGACAUCUUGUCCCGACGAUGGAAGCAGAGGAAAAAUGUCCAGAAUGUAAACCUGUUUGUUGUAGAUGAAGUUCACCUGAUUGGUGGAGAGAAUGGGCCCGUUCUGGAAGUUAUCUGUUCCCGAAUGCGAUACAUCUCCUCUCAGAUUGAGCGGCCAAUUAGGAUUGUGGCUUUAAGUUCAUCGCUGUCUAAUGCAAAGGAUGUGGCACACUGGCUUGGCUGCAGCACCACGGCAACCUUCAACUUCCACCCCAAUGUGCGCCCAGUCCCCUUGGAGCUACACAUUCAGGGCUUCAAUAUCAGCCACACUCAGACUCGCCUGCUGUCCAUGUCUAAACCUGUCUACCAUGCCAUAAUGAAGCACUCCCCUAAGAAACCGGUCAUUGUCUUUGUGCCCUCUCGUAAGCAAACCAGGCUGACAGCCAUUGACAUCCUUACAUUCUGCGCUGCUGACGUCCAGCCACAAAGGUUCCUGCACUGUACAGAAAAAGAUUUGGUCCCAUACCUUGAUAAGCUGAAUGAUAACACUCUAAAGGAAACCCUUGCUAAUGGAGUUGGUUAUCUGCAUGAGGGGCUCAACCUGACUGAGCGCAGAAUUGUGGAACAACUCUUCCGCUCUGGCGCAGUACAAGUGGUGGUGGCCUCCCGGAGUCUCUGUUGGGGAAUGAAUAUCUCCUCUCACCUUGUUACCAUCAUGGAUACUCAAUACUAUAAUGGCAAAAUCCAUGCGUAUGUGGAUUACCCUAUUUAUGACGUUCUGCAGAUGGUUGGGCGAGCUAAUCGUCCCUUACAAGAUGAUGAGGGAAGAUGUGUCAUUAUGUGCCAAGGGUCAAAAAAGGAUUUCUUCAAGAAGUUCCUCUAUGAGCCACUGCCAGUGGAGUCCCAUCUUGACCACUGCCUACAUGAUCAUUUCAAUGCUGAGAUCGUCACCAAAACCAUAGAGAACAAGCAGGACGCUGUGGAUUACCUGACCUGGACCUUCCUUUACCGCAGGAUGACCCAAAAUCCAAAUUACUACAAUUUGCAGGGCGUGUCCCACAGACACCUUUCAGAUCAUCUCUCUCAGUUAGUGGAAAAUACCCUGAAUGACCUUGAACAGUCCAAGUGCAUCAGCAUUGAGGAUGAGAUGGAUGUGGCACCGUUGAAUUUAGGAAUGAUUGCAGCUUACUAUUACAUUAAUUACACCACCAUUGAGCUGUUCAGUAUGUCUUUGAAUGCCAAAACAAAGAUCCGAGGCCUGAUUGAGAUCAUCUCCAAUGCUGCAGAGUAUGAAAAUAUUCCCAUCAGGCACCAUGAAGAUAACCUGCUGCGACAGCUGUAUCAGAAGGUUCCUCACAAACUGAACAACCCAAAAUUCAACGACCCUCAUGUGAAGACAAACUUGCUUCUGCAGGCACAUCUUUCCCGUAUGCAGCUGAGCGCUGAAUUGCAGUCUGACACAGAGGAGAUCCUUAGUAAGGCAAUUCGUUUAAUCCAAGCUUGUGUGGAUGUACUGUCUAGCAAUGGCUGGCUCAGUCCAGCUCUGGCUGCAAUGGAACUGGCCCAGAUGGUGACACAGGCAAUGUGGUCCAAGGACUCAUACUUGAAGCAGCUUCCACAUUUCACUUCGGAGCACGUCAAACGCUGUACUGACAGGGGGACUGACAGUAUUUUCGAUAUCAUGGAGAUGGAGGAUGAUGAGCGCAAUGCGCUGCUGCAGCUCUCCGAUGCACAGAUGAUGGACGUUGCCCGAUUCUGUAACCGGUACCCCAACAUUGAGCUCUCCUAUGAGGUGAUCGAAAAGGAAAACAUCAAAAGUGGGUCCUCGGUUGUGGUGAUGGUACAGCUGGAGCGUGAGGAAGAGGUGACUGGACCUGUCAUUGCACCUCUGUUCCCUCAGAAACGUGAGGAAGGUUGGUGGGUUGUGGUCGGGGACCCCAAGACAAACAGCCUAAUAUCCAUCAAGAGGCUGACCCUACAACAGAAGGCCAAGGUGAAACUAGAUUUUCUUGCACCAGCUCCUAGUACCCAACACUACACACUGUACUUCAUGAGUGAUGCGUAUAUGGGCUGUGAUCAGGAGUACAAAUUCAACAUUGAUGUCAAAGAAGCUGAUAGCGAAGGCGAAAGUGACUCUGAUUAAACAUCCAGAUACAAAUCUGUGGUUCUGCAAAGACUACCGUUAUUAAGAUCUCCCAAAAUCCACAUGCACAUUGUAUCUCAUUUCAGAAAUGUGGCAUUGAACUACUGCACUAUUUAACUCAUGUGCAUAGUAAAGAACCUUGACGAUUUUAAUGUAGAUUUUCUUUCGCAAUUAAUGUUACAUCUUUGUUCAAAUGUGGCAUUGGAGAAACAAAAGUGAUGAGUAACUGACUGUAUUUGGCUACUGCAGUUUAGACUGUGAAUUUUAGAUUACUUUAGUAAAGUGUGUAAAAUGUGUUUCAAGAAUUUCAGUUGAACCAAGAUUUAGCCAGAUGCUUUUUUUGCUGCAAAAAGUCCUUUCAUAAUUUGUACAGUUUAUAUAGUGAAGUUUUAUUAAGUGUAAGAUUGAGCUGUGAGAGGUCUGUACCCCGUGUGUAAGCUUGCACAUUCCUACUCUGUCAAUGAGAAGUUCACACAAAUAAAAUAUUAAAUGUUUAAGUUUAA